GGAGCCCUAGGACGAGACAGCCGAGGGCGCAGCCACAGCCUCAGCCGCCUCGGAGCGGCAGGAGGGAGCAGCCGGUCGCUGCGCCCAGACGGGCCACUUUGCCGCGACCCCGCUCUUCUGCCCUGGGCCGAGAUCUUCCACCCGGCGCCCCUCCGGGUACCCCCGGUCCAACCCCUUUGAAACGACAUGGAAGAAUUUUUGCAACGCGCCAAGUCUAAACUGAAUCGAAGCAAACGCUUGGAGAAGGUCCAUGUGGUUAUUGGUCCUAAAUCGUGUGACUUGGAUUCUCUCAUUUCUGCCUUCACAUAUGCUUAUUUUCUAGACAAGGUCAGUCCACCGGGGGUUCUCUGUUUACCAGUACUGAACAUACCGAGAACUGAAUUCAACUACUUCGCUGAGACAAGGUUUAUUUUAGAAGAGCUAAAUAUCUCCGAGUCAUUCCACAUAUUCCGAGAUGAAAUUAAUCUGCAUCAGCUAAAUGAAGAAGGGAAGUUGUCUAUAACACUUGUUGGCAGCAACGUGCUGGCAAGUGAGGACAAAACUUUAGAGUCAGCAGUUGUCAAGACCAUUAAUUCAGGUGAGCAGAGUGAUGGCAGGUUUGAGCUCCAAGAGUCUUCCUCUUCCCUCGUGUUGAAAGAGAUUCUCCAGGAGGCUCCUGAGCUCAUCACAGAACAGCUGGCUCAUCUCCUCAGAGGUAGUAUCCUUUUCAAGUGGAUGACCAUGGAAUCAGAGAAGAUCUCAGAGAAGCAGGAGGAAAUUCUGUCUAUCCUGGAAGAAAAAUUUCCUAACUUGCCUCCAAGGGAGGACAUCGUCAACAUCCUGCAGGAGACCCAAUUCAGUGCUCAGGGUCUCAGUAUUGAACAGACAAUAUUAAAAGAUCUAAAGGAACUGUCAGAUGGAGAAAUAAAAGUGGCCAUUAGUACCGUGAACAUGACCCUUGAGAACUGUCUGUUUCACAGCAAUAUCACCAGCGAUUUGAAAGCAUUUACAGACAAAUUCGGUUUUGAUGUCCUCAUCCUGUUCUCCAGCUACCUGUCAGAGGAGCAGCAGCCCAGACGCCAGAUCGCCGUGUACUCGGAGAACCUAGAGCUGUGCAGUCAGAUCUGCUGCGAGCUGGAAGAGAGUCAGAGCCCUUGCCUGGAACUGGAGCCCUUCGAAUGUGGCUGUGAUGAGAUCCUGGUGUACCAGCAGGAGGACCCUUCAGUGACUUGUGAUCAGGUGGUUCUCCUUGUCAAGGAAGUCCUCAACAGGAGGUGUCCAGAGAUGGUCUCCAACAGCCGGACGUCGUCAACAGAAGCUGUGGCAGGCAGUGCCCCCCUCUCCCAGGGGUCUUCCGGGAUUAUGGAGUUGUAUGGUUCUGACAUAGAGCCACAGCCCAGCUCCGUGAAUUUCAUAGAGAACCCUCCAGAUUCCAAUGAUUCCAACCAGGCCCAGGUGGAUGCCAACAUAGACCUCGUUAGCCCAGAUAGUGGGUUGGCCACUAUCAGGAGCAGCCGUUCAUCCAAGGAGAGCUCGGUCUUCCUCAGUGAUGACAGUCCAGUGGGAGAAGGUGCAGGGCCUCACCACAGCCUCCUCCCAGGGCUUGACUCAUAUAGUCCCAUACCCGAGGGGGCAGUGGCAGAGGAGCAUGCACGGUCCGGAGAACAUGGUGAACACUUUGACCUCUUCAACUUUGACCCAGUACCCAUGGUUUCUGGGCAGUCCCAACCAUCUUCCCAUUCUGCAGACUGCUCCCCAGCAGAUGACUUCUUCCCCAAUAGCGAUUCAUCGGAAGGACAGCUUCCCACUGGGCCUAAAGGACUUGACGGGAUAGGGAUCAACAUGUCUAAUUAUUCAUCCAGUUCACUUUUGUCAGAGGCUGGCAAAGAUAACCUUGUGGAAUUUGAUGGAGAGUUUGUCCAAAGACAAGAAAGUCCUAGAGAUAACUCUGAAAGAAAUUUGAGCCUGACAGGUUUUAUGGGAGAUGAGUCUCCUUCACCAGAAAGGCUGGAAAAUAUUGGAAAGAGGAUCCCACCAACACCUAUGAAUAGUUUUGUUGAAAACUCACCAUCCCCUGAAGAACCAGACCCUCUCUAUUCAGAAGAUAUAACCCAAAAAGCAAUCAACACAGGUCACACAGAGCCACCUCCAACCCGUGCUCGGUGCAGCAGUUGGUGGGGUGGUUUGGAAAUUGACACUAAAAAUAUUGCAGAUGCAUGGAGUUCCAGUGAGCAGGAAUCGGUCUUCCACAGCCCUGAGUCAUGGAAAGAUCGUAAGCCAAGCUCAGUUGAUAGAAGAGCCUCAGAUUCUGUAUUUCAACCAAAAAGUCUCGAAUUCCCAGGGUCAGGUCCCUGGAAGUGUGAAUUUGGUCAGCCUGAACUGGGUAGCAGUGAUAUUCAAGACCAAAAUGAGGAAAGCAUGCAGUUUCAGAACCUGCCCCUGGAGAAAUCACAUUUGCCAAAUGAUUCUGCUCAGAAAACGAACCACCUGAUAGAAGACUUCGCUGCCUUGUGGCAUUCCGGCCACUCUCCCACAGCGAUGCCUGAGCCAUGGGGAAAUCCUACGGAUAACAGUGAACCAGCGGCUACAGCAUCAUUCCCUGCCUGGGGGGCAUUUGGUAAAGAAGAUAAUGUUGAAGCUUUAAACAGUACCUGGAAUCUGCACCCCACAAGUGGUGAGACACCUUCUGUGAGGGACCCAAAUGAGUGGGCCAUGGCAAAGAGUGGGUUUUCUUUUCCUUCAGAAGACCUACUGGACAAUUCACCCAGUGAGGCAGGUAAUGAAGCAGCUCCAGAAAUCUGGGGCAAGAGGAACGGUAACUCCAGGGAUAACAUCCUUGUAUCUGGAAAUCCCAGUUCUGAUCCGGACCAUGCAUGGAAUAAUUCUAAGCCAUCGAAGGAAGAUCAGAGUGGUUUAGCAGAUCCUGAAACUAGGGGGCAGGUGUAUGAAAAGGUAGAUUCCUGGAACCUUUUUGAGGAGAGUGUUAAGAAAGGAGGGUCAGACGUCCUAGCUCCUUGGGAAGAUUCCUUCUUAGCAUAUAAAUGCUCCGAUUACAGUGCAUCCAACAGAGAAGAUUCAGUGCCCUCCCCCUUAGAUACCAACUACUCCACCUCGGACUCCUACACAUCACCAACAUUUGCUGGGGAUGAAAAGGAAACUGAAAACAAGACAUUUGCUAAAGAAGAAGCUUCUGAGUCAAAAGAUGCUACCUGUACCGCCGAGGAGGCUGGAAUUCCCCCUCAGUCACUGCAGCAGCCACCUAGGAAUCGAAUUAGUUCAGGUCCUGGGAACCUAGACAUGUGGGCUUCUCCUCAUGCAGAUAGUAGUUCUGAGAUGAAUGCCACUCGCAGCCCAGAUCGAGAUUUGCUCAAGACAGAGCACACAGAUGAUAAAACCGUCGCCAUGGAGGAUGACGCUGGGGGAAGCAGCCAGUCCAGUUACGAUGACCCCAGCAUGAUGCAGCUGUACAAUGAAACAAACCGGCAACUCACACUUCUGCACAGCAGCACCAACUCCCGGCAGGCGGCCUCCGACAACCUCGACUUGUGGAACAGAGUGAUUCUGGAGGACACGCAGUCCACCGCGACCAUCUCGGAUAUGGAUAAUGAUUUGGACUGGGAUGACUGCAGUGGGGGCAUGACGAUCCCUGGCAAUGGUCACACAGAAGAAUACCUGGCUGACAGUACUGAACCAGAAACCCGAUUUUCAGUGAGACAGCUGGAACCAUGGGGCGUGGAGUAUCAGGAAGCUAGUCAGGCAGACUGGGAACCCCCUGUCUCUGCUGAGCACCCCAAAGACACUGCUCCUAGCGAAUAUCACACACUGAAUGAGAAAAGUGGGCAGCUGAUCGCAAACAGUAUUUGGGAUUCUGUCAUGAGAGCUAAAGACGUGUCAUCUUUCAUGUUACCAGCCCCACCGUAUAUUACAGAAUCUGAACCAAGCAAAUUGCCUCCUGAAUCUCCCAGCCAUUCAGCAAAUGUUAAGGACAGUCUCAGCCCAGAUGGGCUAGAAGCCUCUGGAGACAGCGAGUUGGGAGCACUGACACCUCAUCCUGACAACCAGGACACGUGGAGAGGACCCCUGCACAGUGAUACAGCACCCUUGGGGACUGGGCUUGAGAAUCCAGGGCAUUUUGCACACUCAGAUUCAUGGAAAGGUCAUAGCUAUGGACAAAGUGAAAGUGAGGAUGUCCCUGGAGCCACUGACAGCAGGCGCCUCGAUGAGGAGGUGACAGGCCGUGUCACAGAUAAUGCCUCAGGGAUUUCUGGAAAAGGGCCAGGCGACCAGGAACUCUCUUCUCCAGUUACAUCUGAACAUCAAGAAAUCUCUGUUGAAUCAGACAAAAUCAACUCUUUUUCAGUCACUUUCAGUCCUCAAACCGAGGAACCAAAGAAAGCUUCAAAAUAUAAGAAGGGGUCUUACAACCUAUACUCCUGUGAUGUGCAAACAGGGGUGUCCACAAAUCACCUGCAGGCAAAAGAUAGCUAUGAAAAGCACCUCGUGAGUCAUAGAAAUUCAAGUGAAGCCACUGAGAUUUCAGGUGAGAUAAAUUUAACAAAAAAUGUGUCUUUAUCUGAAAUGGAUCUUGAGAACACUGAAGAAUGUAACAUUCUGGAGCCAGAGAGAGUGAACGAAGGGCCACCUCAUGAAUUUCCCCGAAGCCUUGACAUUCGGAAUGACCCUGUACAUGGUGAUACGCAGGCCAGUUGGACAAGUUCUGAGAUAACUAAGAAUCUCGAAGUUAAGGGUACUGAAAACAGCCUUUCAGGAGCCAGUUCAUCUGGAAAUCGUGACAGAGAAAGCAUUUCUAGUGAGUACACUCUUUCAAGUGCAUCAAGUCCCGAUCCCAAUGACUCUUCGUCUGCACUGUCUUCCUGGGGCCAUGGACCCAGGACUGAGCAUGAAAAAGAGAAUCGAGAUGAUCGGAGUGAACCGAAUCACCAAGAAUCUGAACUAGUCACCACUGAUGGCCAACUAGAAGUCGUUAUUGAAAUGGAGGACUUAGAAAAAAAUAGAAUGGACGAGUUUGAAAAGAGCUUUGAUCACAAGGUUCCUAGAUUUUUAGAGAUUUGGAAUGACUCAGUUGAUGGUGAUUCCUUGUCCUCUUUAUCCAGCCCUGAAACAGGCAAAUAUUCUGAAUAUUCAGGUACAUAUCAGGAAAGAAAUCUAAUGGUUAGCCAGCAGGAGAAAAAUGAAUGUGACAUGCCUGAAACUGUGCAGCCAGAGGAUGCCAAGGUCAUUUCAAGGAUCUCAGGUCCUGAUGAUGAUAGCAUGGGCGCUGGAGAGUCGGUGGAGAACGGGAUCCAUUCACCUAUUUGCCAAGUUGCUCAGAGUGAAUCCAGAGCUUGUGAUUCGUUUAAUGAAUCUAAUAAGUUCUGGGCCGCAGCUGAUCCCAAGUCUGAGGAAUUUGCUGGCUACAUAGGCAGUCCAGAACAAGCAGAGAAUGAGAAAAAGUCAAACCCGUCUUGUGACAUUCCACAAAGCAGCCCCGAUCCCUGGAAUUUCUCACCACUGGCAGAGACUGAAAUACAGAUUACAGCAGUAGAGAAGGAGAUGAAAUCUUCAGAAACAAGGAAGACGGGAGAUGUCAUCUGGCAAACAGCUCCCAAAACUGAACCAAAGAAUGAAGAUAAUUCUAAGUUGGAAAGGCUUGGCUUCUCAGCUGAGAGCACUGACUGGUGGAGGACCUCGCCGCAAGAAGGGAGGCCACGUGAGAGUACAUGUGAAGGGGAACUGUCUAACUCAAGCAGUGUGUUAGGGAUGAAUUCUUCACUAUGCCAAAAUAUGGGUCCCUGGGGAGUACCCAUCCAGGGUGAUGAUGAAUCCAUGGACCAAUCCUUUACCAAUCCUUUCAGUGAUAAACAUCAGCCACCCUUUCUGGAGAGCAAUGAGGGGAACUCCCACGAGCAGCUUUGGAACAUUCAACCAAGGCAGCCAGACCCAGAUGCCGACCAGUUUAGCCAGCUGGUAGUACUGGACCAAAUCAAAGAAAAGGAUUCAAGAGAGCAAACCUUCAUGUCUUCUGCUGGUGAUGGACUCGCCGCUGAAAUGCCUACCCAAGAGCAGUGUCAGGAUACCGUGCUGUCAGCCUGGGAGCAGCCAGACCCAUCUUCUCACACAGAUGGAAAUGAACGUGUUAUAUCUAAUGUUUCAACUAUUGUGUGUCCAGAAACAAAUUGGUGGAAACAAGAGAAAUCAUACCUCGGUGAAAUGACAAAUUCAAGCAUUGCCACAGAAAAUUUCCCAGCUGUCAGUUCUCCCACACAAUUGAUAAAGAAGUCAUCCUCUGAAUGGGGUGGCUCUACCCCGACUGAGAGUCCCCAAGAUGCCUUUGUUCCAGAUAUUUUACAUGGCAACUUCCAAGAGGGUGAGCAACUGGCCACAGCUUCGCCUGACCUGUGGGUGGAUGCUAAGCAGCCCCUCAGUUUGAAAGCAGAUGGUGAGGGCCCCGAUAUACUCACUCACUGUGACCAUGACAGCAAUUCGCAGGCUUCCAGCAGCCCUGAUAUAUGUCAUGACUCUGAAGCAAAGCAAGAGACUGAGCAGCACAUCAGUGCUUGCAAGGGACCUGAAGUGGAAUCUGGUGAAUUUCAUCUCACUGAGCCAAAGACAAGUGAAGGGCCCAGUCGGGAGCCUGGGCAGGAAUUUGUCCCAUACAGUUCAGAGCUCUGUUCUGACAAUGCAAUUCCACUGCCUCCAAACAGCAAUCAAGCAAACAUGAAUGGCACAUCUCAGCCUGCCUCUCACAAAAGUCCUCCUGAACCCUCUGCAACUAAUGGUGACAACCACACAGGUGUAAAAGCAUCAGAACAAGGAACCAGCCCAGGUACAGCACCAAUUGUGGAACCCAACAACAGAACAAUCCCAGGGACUGAAAAUGUGCAAACUAGCAUUUUUGUAACUCCCCAAGAGCUUACUAUGGAAGGCAACAGCCCUUGGGUAUCAGAGGACUUUUCUCCUGAAAGUCAUUCAGGUGCAAGAACCUGGUUUGGCUGUGAGCAGCCUUUUGCUCCUGAGAAUCCUGCUGCAGUUACCGAUGCUUUACUAGUCUCAGACACUUGCCUGGACGUGAGUGAAGCUGCCUUUGACCAUAGUUUCAGCGAUGCCUCAGGUCUGAACACGUCCACGGGAACAAUAGAUGACAUGAGUAAAUUGACAUUGUCAGAAGGCCAUCCGGAAACACCAGUUGAUGGGGACACAGGGAGGCAAGAUAUCUGUUCAUCUGAAGCCUCAUGGGGUGAUUUUGAAUCUGAUGUAAUGGGCCAAAAUAUCGAUGAAGAUCUAAUGAAAGAGCCGGAACAUUUCCUCUAUGUUGGUGACCCUCCCUUGGAGGAAGACGCUCUGAAGCGAUCGCUGGCACCAUACACACCACCCUUUGAUUUGUCCUGUCUCACGGAACCUGCCCACAAUGCAGAAACGACAGAGGAAGCUGGGUCCCCAGGGGAUGAGUCUCUGGAAAGCGAAGCAGCAGGGAUACUGCUUUCUGCUCUUCCGGAAAGGAGAAAUGAGGGAAACCACACUGAAACCAAAAGAAGGCAGCCUGAACCCCAGCUGGUUGUGCUGCAUAUUCACGAAGACCCUGAGUCGGUUUCUUUGUCUGUAGACGUGCACUCUGACACUGAGUUAUCUCCAUCAAACAACAUUGAGUUAUCUCCAUCAGACAUCGACUGGGAAGUAGAAUCAGAUCGUUCUGAUGCACCAGCAGGUGGCGACAUAGGAUCACCAAAUGGUGCCAGCAGAGGAAUAUUAGAGCUGGAAGAGGAAAAAAUAAUUCCUAUCAAAGAGCCUGAGCAGAUAAAGUCAGAAUACAAGGAAGAAAGAUGCACAGAGAAGAAAGAAGAUCAUGCUCUACACAUGGACUACAUACUUGUAAACCGUGGAGAAAGUUCACCCCUGACGCCAGAGGCCUGGGAAGCAAGAGAAAGCAUAUCCGAAUCAGAGGAAAUGCCCACAGGUUCUGAAGAAGCGAGGCUGCCAGAAACUCAGUCAGCAAGCUUCCCAGACACAUGUCAGCCUCCCUCCUUAGAUGAUAGAAAAGAUCAUUCUGCAGAGAGAAUGUCUUCCAAAGAGUACAAGAGCUCAUCUUUUGAAAGCCCUGUGGAAGAGCAGAGUUGGAUGGUCUUGGGCCACGGUGAGGUUAGUGAUCGGUUGUCGGAAGCCAGGGACUCAGGGCCUGGAUGUUGUGGCAAGACUGUGGAGCCAUUCUCUGAUCUCAGCUUGGGAAGGGGGCCCCAGAUGGAGGUUCUGGGAGAAAUGAAGCCUCUAGAAUCCUUAGCACUAGAGGAAGCCUCUGGUCUGGGCAGCCAGUCAUGGAAAAGCAAGAGCCAUGGCAGGACUGGCCUGGAUGCAUUUAUGUUGCAGAUGGUCGCCCAUGACAAUGAAUGGGAAAUGCUUUCACCACGGCCUUCUCAGAAACACACGAUCUCUGAACUGGAAAUAGAGGAGGAGACAGAGUUCCUCGAGCCCAGAACUGAGAAACCAAGACCAAAUGGACUGCUGUCAGAGGAUGUAGGAAUGGACAUCCCCUUUGAGGAGGGAAUGCUGAGUCCAGAUUCUGUGGACAUGAGGCCUGAACCUCCUAAUUCUCUGGAUCUUAAUGACUCUCAUCCUCGGAGAAUCAAGCUCACAGCCCCAAAUAUCAACCUUUCUCUGGACCAAAGUGAAGGAUCUGUUCUCUCUGAUGAUAACCUGGACAGCCCAGAUGAAAUUGAUAUCAAUGUGGAUGAGCUCGAUACCCCUGAUGAGGCAGAUUCUUUUGAGUACACUGGCCAUGAAGAUCCCACAGCCAACAAAGAUUCUGGCCAAGAGUCAGAGUCUAUUCCAGAAUAUACGGUCGAAGAGGAGCGGGAGGACAACCGGCUGUGGAGGACAGUGGUGAUUGGCGAACAGGAGCAGCGGAUUGACAUGAAGGUCAUCGAGCCCUACAGGAGGGUCAUUUCUCACGGAGGAGAUUCAGGUAACCUUCUCUGCAGUGUUGCUGGACAAAUGAUCCUGGAAACAAUGAGGACAAGAGUUGCUGACUGGUGUGUGUGUGUGUGUGUGUGUGUUGUGGUUGCGACUGUGACGUCUUCCCUUCUCACUGCAUUCCAUUUGCUGGCCAGCACACUGUGUUACAGCCCUUUCAUGCCUCUCUGGGCCACCUCAGGAUACUAUGGGGACGGUCUAAAUGCCAUCAUUGUGUUUGCCGCCUGUUUUCUGCCAGACAGCAGUCGGGCGGAUUACCACUAUGUCAUGGAAAAUCUUUUCCUAUAUGUAAUAAGUACUUUAGAGCUGAUGGUAGCUGAAGACUACAUGAUUGUGUACUUGAAUGGAGCAACCCCAAGACGGAAGAUGCCAGGGCUGGGCUGGAUGAAGAAAUGCUACCAGAUGAUUGACAGACGUUUGCGGAAGAAUUUGAAAUCCUUCAUCAUUGUUCAUCCAUCUUGGUUCAUCAGAACAAUCCUUGCAGUGACAAGACCUUUUAUAAGUUCAAAAUUCAGCAGUAAAAUUAAAUAUGUCAGUAGCUUAUCAGAACUCAGUAGUCUGAUCCCAAUGGAUUGCAUCCAUAUCCCAGAGAGCAUCAUCAAGUACGAUGAAGAGAGAUCUUAUAAGAGAAGCGUAAGACUGGAUGAAGAACUGAGGGAAGCAUCAGAAGCAGCUAACUGGCCAGUACGGGGACCUGGACCCAUGACCUUGGUGUUACCAGCACCAUGUUCUCCCAAAACUAGCUGCCUGUACAAUGAUCCAGAAAUGUCUUCUAUGGAGAAGGAUAUUGACCUGAAGCUGAAAGAGAAGCCGUAGGUGGCCGUGGCUGGAGGAAGAGGAUGCUGGUCUGCUCUGUGGUUCUGUUGAAACGUACCUACCUGAAAGAGACAGGGCUGAUGUCACUUAUUUCCAUUUGCACUACCUGGUGCCAUCCUAAUUUUCUAAGGGGAGAAAAAGGAAGAGAAUUUGUUUACUCUUAACAUGUUUUAUGAAAUUGUGUGUAUUUUCCUAUUUUGCCAAUUAUGUGCCUCAAAGAUUUUAGUUGAACCUUAGCAAGAGAGUAGGACCUUCCAUUUCAAUAUUUCGCUAACACUUGGUGCAGUGAUAUUUUGCCCCUUAGACUGGUGGUUACCAAUAAGAUAACUUUAAUCCACUGUUAAGUGUGAGUGGAUUUGUUUCCAUAGCUUAGCUGCAUAUCUCCUUGGUGAUCGUUUUAGGUUUAAAGUACCCAGCGCACAGCUCUCCCCAGGAACGCUGCCCCCAUGUCAGUCCACCUUCAAAAUCCGAAGCCUGCUUAGGGCAGCCAUGAACGAAACACAGUUGUAAAAGCAUCGUAAGCUAAGUGCCCACUUGGGUCUCAUUCACGUGAACCUUCUUUAACUUCUCAGAGGGAAGCCAGACUUUCUAAUUCACAUGAAUUUUAUUUUAGUUAUCAAAUUUGGGAUCAGGUUUUAUGUAAAUUGUUCCUUAAAAAAAUCACUUCUUUGGUGAAUGUGGAAGACCUCCACAUUGCAAAAGUAAAGGGUCAGUGUCACAUUUUUGGUAUCUAUCUGUGCUUCAGGCCAUAGACUUAGUUCAAGAUGUUACACUUAAGUGCCAGGGACUCAAGUGUAAGGUAGCUCACUCAAAAAGUGCUUGGUAACAUUUAGUUAUCCGGAUUUCUCUCUCGAGUGCAUUACAAGAAGUGAUCCACUUUAAAACACUCUAAUCUAAUCACGGGUUUAAAAUUAAAUUCGAGUAUGUACUAUCAUUUACAAAAUAUUUCCUUUAUAGUCUUCCUAUGCCCUUUAAAAUGCCGACGUGAUUUCAGAUCUGUAGGCCUCUAACAGAGGGGUUGGCAAACUACAACCAAAUCUAGUGCACCACCAUGAGCUAAGAAUGGUUUUUACAUUUUUGGUUGGAAAAGUUUUUCAAUAUUUUAUGACACAUGAAAAUUAUUCAAAUUUUAGUAUCCACAAAUAAAGUGUUAUCGAAACACAUCCACACAAAUUUGUUUUCGUACUGUCUACGGCUACUUUCACACUACAACAGCAGAGCUGCGUAUUCACAACAGACCAUAUGGCUCACAAAGCCAAAAACAUUUACUAUCUUUACAGAAAAAGUUUGCCAAGCCCUGUUGUAUCUAGCAAAUACGUUUUCCCUGCUCCACCCCUUCAUUUGAGUUCGGAUAGUUUCUCUAACCGGAUGGACAAAUGAGGCUGCAAACUAAUCUAUUUUUGUCGAAAAGAAAUUUUUGACAUCCACAGACAGUAAAAUAAAAUACUUGUACAGGGCUUGCUGAAAAAGACGAGGAGCCCUAGCCACAAAAACAUGGCUCGGGUUGGAACUGCAAGACCCAAAGUGAAGUCUUGUUGCAAGCUCCUCUUUAGCUAUCUACAGGUGUUGCUGAAGUCUUCACCUUACUCUGGAAACCAUUCUUAGUCUCCAGGGCCACCUAUUACAAAAAGCUGGCAGAAAUAAAGAUGCAGUGGAAAGAGGGGUUUCACCACAGUAUCAUGGUGAUGACUUCACUGGGGAGAGCUGUACAGGAGGGACACUCUGAGUCCUGGGUAGAAUGAGCCUUGAACCGCAUAGAUGACUUUCUCUGCCCUCAUUUGUGUCAUGUCUGUCCCUCCCCUCCUUGCACAUGUGUGCACAUGCACACGUACACACACACACACACACGCACACGAGCCAGCUGUCCUUCCUCCAGAAGACUCCAUUGAACGUGUUUUUCCCCUCUCGGUCCUUUCAAGUUAGUGUCUUGUUGGACUGUCUGUUCUUUUGGGUCUCUUCCCUCAAGAUAUCUGGCUCGUCUCAUAGAAAAAUCCUAGAGCCCACCCUCUGUCACAGCCCACCUUCACCUUUGGAAGCCCCAAUUGUGCCUCUCCCAGAAGGUGGUGUUGACAUAAAUACAUGAAACACAGCCCGAUAUUCUGUUUUGUUCACCUGUUUACUACUUGCGCUCAGUAGUGUCCCAUUUUAAAAAAUGAGUGACAUGGUCACCCUAGCCACGGGAAGUAAUGAAGAAUCGAGUGUUCAGUUUAGUGGUGCAAACCUGAGGACACAGAGCCCUUGACAGACUGCUCUUAUUACAGCCAAGCAGACACGGCAACAUUGUGACCAUUCACAUUUUCUUUGAACUUGUCCAACCUAUUUACACAGACCACUCAGGUGGCAUGCUGUUUAAGCUUCAUCUUCCUACAUGAAAAUUAGGAGCAUCUUUCCCAGUCAAUGAUUUUGUAUGGCCUUUGUAUGGGCUGUUGUAUGGGCUGCAUAACCAUUGAUAUUUAAGCAUCUGCUAUUUUCUUAUCUUAAAAAGACAAAUUAAUUUAAUUGCAUAUGCUAGAGAAUAGCUACCAUGGAAAUUCAAUUCAAGUAAAUAGAACCUUAGACAAAUCCUGAAAAAAUCCCUAAGCAGGUAGGUAGACAGAAGUAAACAUUCACAUCAUGCAGCUAUCUGGCUCUCGCAUUCUGAGCAUUCUUGCUUUGGUUCUGAUUUCUGGGAAGUGUUUUGCACUUUGCCUGUAGAUUUGUACUUAAGGGAACCAAGGGGUCAUGAGGGCAAAAGCAUUGUUUUCUCAAAGUGGCAGUUGCUCUUUGUGUAGCUCCUUGAUUGAGACAAAAAACAAAAAUCUGUCAAGGAGUGAGAAGUUUGUUUGCAGGCAAUGGCUGGGUAUGGAAGAAAACUCUGAAGUUCCUGUUGAAGCCAUACAGAGUUUUAUGGGGUUAUCCUCUAAGAGACAUCCUCUGAGAUGUGUAAGGAAGUCACUAUUCCCAGCCUUUGUUAUUAAGAUGCUCUUUUAAGUAUUCAGUUGUGGUACUAUGUUUGCAACUCUUCUCUUACCACAUGCCUCAGUAGUUUGCUCCCUUAGAAACAUUUAGAUGUGCACAAAUUAAUCUUUUAUAUAUUUAAAGGUUUUUCUACUAUGUAUGGGAUUGCUCAGAAUAAAGUAUCUAUUAGACUUUGUUUUGGUAAAUGAAUAAAUUCUCCCUAAAUAGUGUGAAUUAAUAAUAUAAAAAUAUGUAACAACACAAUAUAUCUGCAUAGCCUCUCUGUGUAAUUCAGAAAUAAAAAUAGAU